GGGGGGAUAUGAAAUGGAAGAAAAAUCAGGGAUGGAUAAACCAAGUUGGUGUUUAAGAGAUAUUACACACUCUUAGCCUAACUUGGGGUUUGAAUAUAGAAUUUAAAUAAGAUAUUACACACUUAUUUAAAUAUCUAGAACCUAAAACUCACACUUAAGAUAACCACUCUUAAGAUAUAGAAUUAGGGAUUUGGCUAAAAUAGCAUCACACUAUUUUAUAAAUACUCAAAGAGGAUUCUUGGCCAAGGGUGAAGGGGAAGGGGAAGGGAAUAAUGUGAUUUUGGAUUUAUGGGUUUGGGAUAUUGUAAGGGGAAUAUGGGCAGGAUAUAUGGCUGGUUGUGGGUCAUGGUUUUUGGCUCUUUGUUGAUGUUGUGUUGGGAUUGUGAGGGAUAUUUGGCUAGGGAUUUAGAGGAAGGGAGAGAAGGCCUAAAUGAAAACUCACGGAUAUUGUUGGAUGCCUCGGCGGGUGGAUCAUUCAUGAGCCUUGAACUUGAUGAAGCUGAAGAACUCAUUGAGCGGAUCUCAACAAACGGAUCCACCUGGUACUCUGAUCGUCCAUCCGCUCAACCGAAAAUUGGAGGCAUGUACGAAGUUGAUCAAAUGUCGGCCAUGGCUGCUAAGGUCGAUAACAUGAUGAGCAUGAUCCAAAAGAUUGCUCAAGUCUCUGCUAUGCAAAACACUAUGCCAGCACCGCCCCCUGUUCUUGUUCUCAUGUGUGUAUCCUGUGGUGGACAACAUGAUCAAUCUUCAUGCCCAUGGGAUGCAAUGGAGCAAGUUGAUUAUGUCAAUUACAACCGGCCGCAACAACAACAAAAUCCAUUUGGUGGAUUUAGUUCUCAAAACAGAAAUCAUCCUGGUUUCUCUUGGAGCAAUCCUAGUGGAGCUGCCAAUCCACAAGCUUAUCGGAGUUCACCACCCGGCUUUCAAAAUCAACAGCAACAACAAUUUAGAGGUGGCCAAGGUUUUGCUAACAAUCAAAAUUUUAAGCAAAACCAAAGCUUCCCCUAUGUUUCUAAUCAACAAAAGCCGAUCCUACCAACUCCUGAAACAACAUCAACUCCCAGCUUGGAUAACAUUGUUGACCAGCUACUCAAAUCUCAACUAGCCCAAGCCGAAACUUUGAAGAAGAUUUCUGAAGAGCUUACUCAACUUCGAGCUCACAAUAGGAUGCUUGAAAGUCAAAUAUCUAGUCAAGCAUCAACAUCAUCAACAAAGGUGACUCGGAAAUUGCCAGCUUGUCCUAAGAAUCCAAGAGUGCAAAUGAAUGCUAUCACUACUCAGAGUGGGAAACAAAUUCAAUCUCCAUCUCUUCCGGGUAGUGAUCCUGAAGAAGAAAGAGGAGAGGAUGUCAAAGAAGAAGCUCAAAACAAAGUCAAAGGAGGUGCUGUUGAAAUGCUGCCGGAGUCAAUCCAGAUCAAAGAAGGAAAGAAAAAGAAAGAAGAUGAGGCCCACUUGGCUGGUACAGUGGUGACGGGAAGCGACGAGUUUUCUGAUUUCCAACGUUGUUUUCGCUCCCGUUCGUUCAUUGAGCUUCAUAUCAUCGAUUUCCAGGUAUGACAGAGAAUAAAUGUGGAGCCUAUUC